ACGUCAGGGUUAGUUACAUGGACAACUAGUCUAACUCUAAGCAGCGCGCUUUUUUUCGGAGCAGAAAACAAUCCUCCAAAGACUUAACGUGACAGAGUAGAAAGACACACCACAGGAAGAAAAUAGCAAGUGAAAUUAUUUUUAAACGACAUUCAUCAGGAAAAACAAUGGACGAGAUUUCUAAACAUCCAACUGAUCAGUCUUACACACAUGAUGGUGACGUCAGAGUGAGGCGGAAUUGUGAAACGGCAAACUAUGGUAACCAGAUUGCUUACGCGGGAAACCACAGCCCCCUUUUUGGAAGCAACCUUCCGACAGCAAUCAACUGUUACGAUUCUCAAAUAUCCGGUAUUGCCCGAAGGAACUCUUUGUAUGGAGCGGACUACCGUGGAAAUGGAACGGCAUACCGUGGAAAGGUAAAGACACACGAAAAUAACGACAGGAGCGGACGAAUAACUCACAUGCUCGAAAGGAACUACUAUGAAAACAACCCCUCGAUAGAAAUAAACGGCAACAACGGGUCCAGAUAUGGUCAUAAUUCAAUAAGUUAUGAACACAACCACACGCCAUCAACCAAUUUUCGUGGCCUCCUUGCGUCAGGGAGUGCGGCUUACUAUGAUGAAACAAAGAGCUACACCACCAGUGUUAACAGCAACCAAGCAGUUAUCAAUGGACACAAGCAAGCACCAGUCGACACUGCAAGGUACAGCGGUAAUCAGAAUGUCUCUCUGUAUGACGUACAAAACACUCACGGAAUAUACAAUGUACCUACUUAUACGUACCAGGGAGUCAACUGGACAUCACCAGGAGAUGCCAAUCAUCAUGGUACCCAAAGACAUUAUUACAGCGACACAACAUCGGCCACAAGAACCAAUAACUAUAGUAACGAAACCUUACCUUACGGAUCCGGGAGAUCAUCAUCUCAUAAUCUUCAAUUCGAUGGUUCAGCGUAUGGACAACACCAUGAACCACAAAAGGAAACCAAUGACAAACAUCGUACAACGUGGUCCUACCAGCAACAGGCAAGCAAGGUCGAUGACGUAACAUCACGAAAACGGAAGCUCGAUGGCGAAAAACGGGGCUCUACAUCAAAACAAGAAAUCAACAACAACGAUGUCACUACAAGUACUCCUAAAGUUGACAAGCGCGCCCUUUAUAGCAAAUUCCGUGUGGUAAAGAGAAAAGACCAAUCACAAGUGUUCAACGAAAGUACAAAGAUCAAACCCUUCCUGUUGCGAUUCAAACUCGGAGACAAAACGAUUGUGGAUGUCAAUGAUCAGGAUGGUUUACCAAGAAACACCAAAAGGGCAAAGAUUGUUCCGACUGUGACCCCAAUUAAAGAAAACGAGGCUGAGGCAACCAUUGGUAACAUCGAGUUCAUCACUCUUGACAACAUGAAGAUUGUCCGCCGGAAGUUGGAAGUGGUCCAGCUUGUUCAACAGGAAGAUGAGCGACAAGAAAGGCUCAAAGCCGAGGCCGAGGUCAAAGCAAAGGUAAAGGCCAAUGCUAAAGCAAGACUUAGGACGGACAAAAAGCGCAAGGAUCGUCGCCGUGGUCAUGUGUAAAUGAUGCCGGAUGCAUGUAUCGCCUAAAA